AUGUACGAAGGGAUUGACAACCUGAAAUCCCUUUACGACCGUGCCGGGAAGACUUUCUCCGGUGGUCCUUCUGCGGCACAGGAUGUGCCGCGUCGUACUGCUCAACCAGACCCAGUACGUCGAUCAUCAGUUGGGAGCGGGGCUCCCAAGAAUCCCAGGACGGGGGAUAGCCGCGCCACCGGACGAGAUAACUCGUCCGACGUCCGUUCACGUCGCGGUGGUUCAACAGCUGCUCAACUAGAUAGCGCUGGCCACCGCGAGAGUCCUCUAAUGGAGGUGGAGGAGGAGGAAAGACGCUCUCCACACGAUCAUGUGGAUCGGUGUGUUCCCGAGAGCUUCUUUGAUCGCGUAACGCAAGGGUUACGCGACGAUCUCGAGCAUGAGCGGAAUAGGCGUCUCCAGAUGGUGGACACUGCCUCGAAGCAUCGAGCUGAGUUUGCCUUUGCUCAGCUUGAGAACGAGAGAUCUCUGACAUCUCUUCGUGACGAGCUAAGGGUAGCUCGUGGGAUUGUUGAUCGGUCUCGGGACCAGAUAGCUGCUCUUCAGACCCUUGUUGAUGCCCACCAUCGGGAGCACAAGGCUCUCUGCGAGAUGCUUGAGCGCAAGGGCGUUCUUCAUCGGAAGAAGCAGCGUACUGAUGGUACGGCUUAA